CCACACUUCAUGAUCGACAAUGUGUUCGACUCUGAAAUUGAUUCUUGGACUAGAUCUUCAUAUUAGAAAUUGCGAGUACUGCACAAGAGCAGCAGUAGCGAUGACGCAAUCCAAUCUCCACACAAAUUUGCUGGCACAUUGAUUCUCCCAGGGCAUAGUACACAGGCACAUGUGUUUUGAUGUACAAUCUUGAUUGUACGAGGCCGGUCUCAAGUAAAGAAAUGGCAAUCGAGGUGCGCUCACAGCUGCUCACGUAUGUAACUGACAUUCGCACGCUUCAACCGCCAAGUUGCCAUAGCCAUACGAGGCCAGGUUUCCCCUUUCAACAUCCCAGAUUGCUCUUAUUUGAGGGAUUGCUCGGUCGAGGAAGCGAUGGUUCGAAUGACUGGCUAAUCAUGAACCCCUAGCCUAACAUGAGCAUAUUGAACUGACACCGGAAUGACUCCUGCUUUCAUUGGAUCUGUAAUUAUGCGCUCUCACUGCGUCAUGCUAUCCGGCAUACUAAAGUUCUCACGUGCUGGCCUCUCUGGUGUUGUCCAAGUUUCUAUUUUUAUUUGAAUGUAGGCUUUGGCCUUGUUCUCGUCUGACGUGACUCAUGUCGAAGGCAUUCUUGCCGUCAAUAUCCCAUGUCAAGGAAAUGAUGGUCGCCGGGAAGCAUGUGGAAUCGCAUGUCUCACAAUGAACGAUGGACUCGAGUUCAAACUUUGAUAUUCAAAUUCUUGAGAGUUCGGAUUUAUGAUCGCCUGGACAUGGAAGCGUUGGACAGACAGAACCCACAGUGAAAUCUACGCACUGAUUGUGUGAGCGUUAGAGGCGCAUUGCUCUACGAAUUUCAUCUAGAAUGCAAUUUUGCCGACAAAAAUGGAUGGAAGAAGUUUGUCGAAGUUCUCAAAGGAUCGAAGGCAUUCCACGAGGAGGAAAGGGGAUUCGACGACAGCAGUUAGGAGAUGCCAGAUUGAACGUUUUGGUGAAGACAAGGAGAAUUCGGGUGCUACAAAUUAUGUAUUUGAAAGGGGUAUUCUCCGUGAGCUCUACAAUCGCAACAAAUCGCCGUCCGGAAGUAGGGAAGAAAAGGCUGCACCCUAUCGUGCCCAAGUACAAGCUGCAGAAGAGACCGAAGAGAGCGAGCAGGAAAUGAGAAGAGAGAGGGAUUUGGAAAAGGCUUGGAUAGAGAUUGCUGAAGAAGAAAGGCCGGAUGAAGAUGAGAAUUUUGCUGAAGUGGAUCAUGAGGUCAGGCUCUCGAAGCUGAAGGACACGGUAUUUCGCAAGGUACAGUACAAUCGACCAGUAGAAUUUUAUGGAGAGUGCAUGAAGCGCAGUCCUUUUACGAAAGGAUCCGAUAAGCUUCGUUAUACUGACGCACAAUGGGGAGCAAAGCCGCUCCAAACAUUACCUCUCGAGUGCAAGGCGACAUCGACAACAGAACGGCGAGCAAACCUUCAAGGAGAGACAAUCUACAGAUCCUCAGAAAUGCCAACGAUUCAUCGUCUUACAAGAUCAGGAAGCAUAUUGAAGAGGACUACAGUAGCUCAGAAAUCCCUCAAAGACACUCCAGAACAUGUAAAAGGAUCCAGCGGACGUCCUGGAAAAGUGGAGAAUCAGAACCCCUUCCUGAAGACCUCAUCACCCAAGAGCUCGAGGUUCACAGAAGCGAGAUCAUAUCGUGGAAUGUCUUGCGAAUCGCCUCUUCAUCUGGGAGUUACAAGAGAUGGAAGUAUGAGUACCUCUGCAGCUUCUGGCAGGACCCCAGUGAGAGAGUUCGCAACUGUGCCCAAUACACCAGGAGCCAUACAAGGGCGGAAACUGUCAGGGUCGCAAACGGGGAUCACAGAAGCAGCGGACAUGGCCAGACAGAGAUCCGUCGCUGAAAGAGCUCGUCUGAAUGAAACUUUGAGAAGCAUCAUCCAAGACCACCAGACUGAAGUUGGCAGCAAGCAGGAAUUACCGUCUUGGGUGGAGAGAUUUUGGAAAAGCAUUUUUCGAUUCAUUUCUUGCAGUUCCAGUGUGGAUGUCGUCAAAUCAAGAUCGAGACCACCGAAGACGGCAGUCUCACAUGCAUAUGAGAAAUAUAGCAAGUCACCCGAAUCCAGCUCCGCACAUGAGGAUGUUAAUCUCAAGAGAGUCGUCUCUUCAUCGCGUUCUGGAGGAUCUAAAUCUUCUGCAACUUUUGUGGGCUUUGGUGAAUGCUACCGACCUCAGAUCCUUCAUGAUCAGAUUGUGAGAACGCGCGAUAUGUACAUCUUCAGAAGUUUGCAUGACAUCUAAUACUGCCAGCAUAUACAAGGAGUGAAGAGAUUUUCACUAUCAACCAACCUGUUGCCAGUCUUGAAAAAUGUACCGAACAUACGCAUUUACGCAUCUUGCCGUCAUGCUUCAACGAAAAACUCGUAUUACAAUGCAAAGCCUUCGAAUUACAAUGCAGAAACAUGUUUACCCUUCUCUUCCUGUUUAUACUGACGUCUCUAAUUGGUAACUAUCUUGCUUAUCGACUUUUCAAAAAUAUGCUUGUUCAAUUCUAGGCAUGGCUAGCAUGACUCGAAAAAACUGUUCUUCUGACUUUUGCAGACUACAUGUACAAGUCAGGAAAGUUUGUACAUAAGCACGUACACGAUAAGUUUGCAUACAAAUAGUAAGACGCUGAGUGUAAAGUGUUCUGUCCAAGUUGGGCUCUAUACACGAAACGAUUGUGCUAAAUGCAUGGUGACAUUCCUUCUCUUUGGAUCUACUCUUAAGCUUUGACUUUCAGCGA